AUGCACGAUAUUAUUAUCAAAACUGAGACGGAACAAGAUUUCACAGAGGUGGUAUUCCUAUUAAUCGACUACAUCGUCGAGCUACCACGAAGCCAACGGUCCCGUGAACGUUUGGGAACGCUGCUCGGCCAACCCUCAACAAGCGAGGAGCUGAAACACACGUUGAAACUGUUUGAAACCCUGGUCCGUAAGUACUGUCUCGGUGAGCUUGACGAGGUGCGCUUGCGGUCCCAUUUGAGCCAACUUUCACCGAGUCGGCAAGACCGUGUGAUAGAAAUUGUGAAUCUCCGUCGACCGGAAAUAGCGCAACGGCUGAUCGACGAAGUAAAUCGUCGAGAGGGAGGCGUACCGCUGGUAGAAUCGUUCGAUUGGAAUGUUAGCUGGAUAAUGGGUAGCAGUAGCUUGGCAUCGCACCGAAAACAGCUGUGCACUGUGGCACUCGCUUGCCGGGACGGUGACUCAAAGACACAAACGAUCAGCUUCGAAAUUUGCAAAGAUCAAGUGGAGCAGUUGAUAGGCGAGCUGGAAACGGUUGUAGCUUGA